AUGGGAAUCAUCCAAUACGAUCCAAUCUAUUCUCUCUGCAAAAUUUCUUCCCCCUUCCGUCGUUUCCCACGCGCCACCGCUCCCUUCCGUAUAAGAGCCUUCUCCACCGCCGUCCACGAUAAGCCUUCCAUUUGCACCGCCGACGAACUUCACUAUGUCUCCGUUUCCAAUUCCGAUUGGAAACUUGCCCUAUGGCGCUACCAUCCUUGCCCCAAGGCACCUCCCAGAAAUCAUCCUCUACUGCUAUUAUCUGGAGUGGGGACUAAUGCUGUUGGAUAUGACCUUUCGCCUCAGUCAUCCUUUGCCCGUCACAUGUCUGGGCAGGGAUUCGAGACUUGGAUUCUUGAAGUACGGGGUGCUGGGUUGAGUGUUCAGGGUUUAGAUUCCAAAGAUAUUGAACAGUCUGCCCAUGCAAUGUCUGAGAAGAUGGAAGAUAUGGUGGAAAAUGCAACUAAUGGAUCCAUAUCGUCAAAAAAGGAAUUGGAUAACAUAUCUGGUGAUGUAUCCAGUUCUGCCUUAGAAGUAGAAACAGAGAAUGUGGCUGUCGUAGGAGACCUAGCUAGAUUUGCUACUGCUUGGGAUGAAUCAAAGUUGGUCGCUAGUUUGACGGAAACUUUUACGCGUUUGUCAGAAAGAGUCUCUGGUUUUCUAGGUGAAAGUCAAGUGAAGGUCAUGUCUGCCAAAUUUUUUGAUCAGAUUUCAAAACUUUUGGUGGAUUCUCAAUUAUAUGAACAAUUCAAUGAGGUAAGGGGAAAGAUUGCAACUUUGUUGGAAACGAGACAAAAUUCUGGCAUUACUAGCCAAAUAACAGAGUUGAGUGAAAAGCUAGUAGAUAUUAUUGAGGCAGGUCAGCUAUCCGUUUCGCCUCCAUUAUUUGAUUUGCAAGCUAGCUUUACUUCUACAAUAGAAGAUUUUCAGAAGCAAUUGGACUUGAUGGCGAAGUACAAUUGGGACUUUGAUCAUUACUUGGAAGAAGAUGUUCCUGCAGCGAUGGAAUACAUUUUGAAACAAAGCAUACCAAAAGAUGGGAAAUUGCUUGCAAUUGGACACUCCAUGGGUGGCAUUUUGCUAUAUUCAAUGCUGUCACGAUUUGGUUCUGAAGGAAAAGAAUCCAGAUUGGCUGCAGUAGUUACCCUUGCAUCAUCUCUGGACUACACAUCAUCCAAAUCGACUUUGAAGUUACUCUUGCCACUCGCAGAUCCUGCACAGGCUCUGAGUGUCCCUGUAGUUCCUUUAGGGGCAUUGUUGGUAGCAGCUUAUGAGGUUUCAUCUCGUUCACCAUAUGCACUGUCAUGGUUAAAUACUUUGAUUUCAGCUGAGGGCAUGAUGGAUCCUGAUUUAUUUAAAAGGCUGGUCUUGAAUAACUUCUGUACCAUACCUGCAAAACUUCUCUUACAACUCACAACUGCAUUUCGAGAGCGUGGCUUAUGUAAUAGGGAUGGGACAUUUUUUUACAAGGACCAUCUACACAAAAUCAAGGUACCUAUUUUAGCUAUUGCUGGAGACAAGGAUCUGAUUUGCCCACCUGAAGCGGUGGAAGAUACUGUUAAACUAAUUCCUGAGCACCUAGUUACCUAUAAACUUUUUGGAGAUCCCGAAGGUCCGCAUUAUGCUCAUUAUGAUCUGGUUGGAGGAAGACUGGCAGUGGAGCAAGUAUAUCCCAGUAUAAUUGAAUUUCUUAGUUGUCACGACGAGAAGUGA